UUAUUGAAUUCAAUGUUCGGCGCAUGUUCCUAUAGUUUGGAGUUGUUAUGGGUUAUGUUCUGAAUUUUCCUCUCUUGAACUGAAACUCUUCCAUUAGAGAAUUCUAAAACUAUAAAUACGCUUAUCAAUAAAUUGGCUAAUCUUAUGGCAUCCCUUGAAGAUAUCGACAGCGGAAUGGAAUCACAAGAAACAUCUCAGUCAGGGCCAAAAGACUUUUCUCCUGACAAAAAACUGGAGAUAGAGUCCGACUACGACGAUGAGCCUGAUGAAACUCUUGGUGAACGAUUGUGGGGAUUGACUGAAAUGUUUCCUGAAUCUGUUCGAAAUGCAUCACAGACUAUAUCUGAAGUAACACAGUCUGGAGUGAAGAAUUUUUAUGGUUUUUCGAGGUCAGCUAUGUGGAUUGUAUUCAGCACCUCUAUCAUCCUCUUUGCUCCAGUCAUUUUUGAAGUAGAAAGGGCACAAAUGGAAGAAAUGCAGAGAAGUCAACAGAAACAGAUGCUGUUAGGACCUAACACAGCUGUGGCUGGUGGAAUGGCACCAAUGAUGCCAUCAAUGCCACGAUAAAUAGGGAAUUGACUUACUUUUUGUACUGAGAUAUGAAUUCUUGAUUGUAAAUUUGUUGUUAUUGUGUUUAUUGCAGUCAUGCGUCACAUGUACAUUGUUAAAUUUACAUUUACUAUUGUAAAGUUUAAGUAGAAUAAAUUAGACAAAAACCUA